UGUAUAUAAGACAAAUAUUUUAAGAAAGGAUAACGUUAUUCUUGAAAGCGUCUUAAAAAAUAGCACAUUCUAUGCACGAAUUCUUAUACGUGAUAUCGUCGGACGUCUCAGAAGCAUGUGGUACAAUAUCAUACCACAGUCAUAUGUUCAUUACUUAAUACUUCCAAUAACCGUAACUCAUUACGAAAAUAUACUAAUUCCUAGGAUGAUUUUCUUGAGUGAAGUUAACAUUAUAUACGACAAAGAAGUAGAUUCCCUUAUAAAAAAAAGAAAAGCAACAUGUUCGGUAGCACGUACUGUGAUACAAGAAAUGUUUAGUGAUUGGUUAGUUCCGUUUAGACAGUCUGAUCUUUGGUUUAUUGAAGGAUUUUCAACAGUAUACGGAGUUUAUAUUACCGAUCAGUAUUACAAUACAUCUUUACUAAAAUCGAUUGUGGUCCAAACACGACGGAUAUUUCUUGAUUAUAUAGAAGCAAUUACAUAUGAAUCUCCAUUUCGAGGAAAUUCACUUAUAUCACGCACUUCAACUUUUACUAAACUGUGGCGAGAAAAAGCAUUCAGUACUUUCUACAUGCUGAAUACCGUCUUUCAACAAGAUUUCCUAUAUACUUCUCUAUUUCAAGAAGCCGUACACUUAUAUUAUUACAGGAAGAAGACAUCAAAUAACACGUACAACAAAUUGUCACUUCUUGAUAAGUUAUGGAAUAGAAAUUUUGAGACGUAUUCUUUAUAUAAGAAUGUUUCAUACAUAAAAUUGUCAGAUAUCAAAAAUAUGAUAACUUCAUGGACAGCACAAAGUGGUUAUCCUGUGAUACAAGUAAACCGACACAAUGAUACACAGUCUGUGUCUGCAGAGAUUAGAGACUGUUUUGACGUUAAUUCCACUGUCAAAACACUGUGCAAACAAAAAUGGUGGAUACCUGUAACUUUUAAAAAAUUAUUAAACACACAAGUUCUUGCCACUUAUUAUCAUAUCCUAAAACCAGACAGUAAAAUGUUUAUAUCUCUACUUUAUGAAAAUCAGAUUACCAUUGUCGUGGACCAGUUAGGAUAUCGCGUAAACUAUGAUCGUUAUUCUUGGAAGAACAUUGCUUUUUUUCUUAAAACUGGAGGGUCUGUGAUCGCAGAAUUGUCUGACGUCACUUUAGCACAACUUCUAGACGAUGCUUUUUAUUUUUUGGUGCAAAAUACGAAGUAUAACGAAAAUUAUGUUCCAGAUAAAAUUGACCUGGACAUAUAUCUUGAACUUGCAAGCAGUAUAUUUCACGUAAACAAUUCCUAUACAGCGUGGUAUCCUGUACUUAUUGCACUUGAAAACAUGUCGAAGAUUGUUCCGUUCCCAGAAAGUGUUCUUUCAAGAAAUAUCAAGAAUAAACUCCUAGAAAUAUUGAAUAAGUUUCUUGAUGACAUAUCAUAUACACAUUCUUCGGAAAAUAGUGCCAAUAAUCAAUUCUAUCAUGAAGUUUUAAAAUGGACAUGCAUCCUUCGUAGUUUAAAGUGCAAAGAACAUGUUAAUGGAAUAUUAAACUGGCAUUUUAAUCAUCCUACACAAAACAAACUGUUGCCAAGUUGGCAGAAGUGGAUAUAUUGCCAAAGACUAAUGUUAGACACGGUCACUUAUGAAACGUCUGCUGUGUG